AUGUGCACCAGUGUCGCACAGCACCAGCAUCAGUACAGCACCAGCAUCAGUACAGCAAUUGCAUUGGCACAGUACCAGUAUCAGGCACAUCACCAGUGUCAGUACAGCACCAGCAAGUCAGCACAGCAACAGCAUCAGUACAGCCCAGUAUCAGCAGCACCAGCAAGCCGCGGCUGGCACCAGCACCGCACAGCACCAGCAUCAGUACAGCACCAGCAUUGCACAGACACCAGCAUCAGCACAGCACCAGCAUCAGCGUACAUCACCAGCAUCAGUUCAUCACCAGCAUUCAGUGCCAGCACCAGCAUCGCACAGCACCGCAUCAGUACAGCACCAGCAUCAGCACAACACCAGCAUCAGUACAUCACCAGCACAGUUCAUCACCAGUAUCAGUACAGCACCAGUAUCAGCACAACACCAGUAUCAGCACAUCACCAGCACGCGUUAUCACCAGUAUCAGCACAGCACCAGUAUCAGCACAGCACCAGUAUCAGUACAUCACCAGUGCCGCGACAUCACCAGAACAGCACAGCACCAGUAUCAUGCGUACAGCACCAGCAUCACACCAGUAUCGCAUCACCAGUAUUCGCACAGCACCAGCAUCAGUCCUGGCAACGUAUCGCCAGGUUAUCACCGGCAUCUGCAGUUGAGCACCAGCAUCAGUACAGCACCAGUGCCCGCAUGAACACCGCAUCAGUUCAUCACCAGUAUCAGUUCAUCACCAGCAUCAGUACAUCGCCAGUACCAGUGCGCACCAGCAUCAGCACAUCGCCAAAGCCCAGCACAGCACCAUAUCAUACCAGCGGCUGCGCCACCAGUAUCAGCACAUCACCAGUAUCAGUACAUCACCAGCACCAGCACAUCACCAGCAUCAGUACACAUCGCCAGUACCACUACAGCACCAGCAUCAGCACAUCGCCAGCACACCAGCACAGCACCAGUAUCAGUAUAGCACCAGCAUCGCGCCAGCCAGCAUCAGCACAUCACCAGCAUCAGCACAUCGCCAGCACCAGCACAGCACCAGCAUCAGCACAUCGCCAUACCUGUGCAGAGCACCAGCAUCAGCACAGCACCGCAUCAGCACAUCACCAGCAUCAGUUCAUCACCAGCAUCAGCACAGCACCAGUGCCGCACAGUUCAGUACGCACAUCACCAGUAUCAGUUCAUCACCAGUAUCAGUACAGCUUCAGUAUCAUAUCAGUACAGCACCAGUGUCAGUACAGCACCAGUAUCAGUACAUCACCAGUAUCAGUUCAUCACCAGUAUCAGUACAUCGCCAGCACCAGUACAGCACCAGUAUCAGUUCAUCACCAGUAUCAGUACAUCGCCAGCACCAGUACAGCACCAGUAUCAGUACAGCACCAGUAUCAGUACAUCACCAGUAUCAGUACAUCACCAGCAUCAGUUCAUCACCAGUAUCAGUACAGCACCAGUGUCGACCCUCACACCGUCACACCCUCACACCGUCACACUCUCACAGUCACACCCUCACUCUCACACCCUCAUACCGUCACACCAUCAGACCCUCACACCGUCACACCCUCACACCGUCACACUCUCACAGUCACACCCUCACUCUCACACCCUCAUACCGUCACACCAUCAGACCCUCACACCGUCACACUCUCACACCGUAACACCGUCACACCCUGGUUUAAUGAUCAUAAUAUGUUAAUUAAGAGGAACACCAGAACAGAUGAACCCCAGAACAGAGGAACCCCAGAAAAGAGGAACCCCAGAACAGAGGAACCCAGAAACAGAGGAACCCCAGAACAGAGGAACCCCAGAACAGAUGAACCCCAGAACCAGAGGAACCAAAGAACAGAGGAACCCCAGAACCCCAGAACAGAUGAACCCCAGAACAGAGGAACCCCAGAACAGAUGAACCCCAGAACAGAGGAACCCCAGAACAGAGGAACCCCAGAAACAGAGGAACCCCAGAACAGAGGAACCCCAGAACAGAUGAACCCCAGAACCAGAGGAACCCCAGAACAGAGGAACCCCAGAACAGAGGAACCCCGGACCAGAUGA